AUGAUUAUUAUUUUAAUUGUUAUAUCUCAUACUGAUAUAUUAAAUAGUGAGGAGUGGACCGAGAAGCAAUACGACGAGCAUUUUUGGAGCAAAACACCGUUUGUUAAAAAGUUACGUGACUACUUUUACGAGCACUACGGCUCGAGCUUUAUGGCCACUGCCCUCAUGGAGUCAAUGAACUCGUUGUUUCCAGUGUUGCAUCUAUGGUGCGAAAUAUUAAACACGGGCUCCGAUAUCGGCGUGAAUGAGCUCUUGGACUUUAUUAGGGAACAGAACAACAAGACCCCCCUUAUGGUGCCCAUCCGUAAGCGUUUGACCAUGGUGCUCACCGAGGCCGCCCAGCCCGGCACCGCCUAUACAGUGGGCCAUGUGGAGUGGACCGAGAAGCAAUACGACGAGUAUUUAUGGUACGGCUAUAGUUUUGGCGACGGCGAUCUCACAAAUAUUACGGAUCAAAAAUCAGCCCUCGAUAGAUACUGCCCACUAAGCCGAACCCCGUUUGUUCAACAGAUACGGGACUACUUUUACGAACACUACGGCUCUAGCUUUAUAGCCACGGGGCUCAUGGAGUCAAUGAACUCGUUGUUUCCAUUCUUGCAUAUAUGGUGCGAAACAUUUACCAAAGGUCCCGGCUUUGGCAUGGAAAUCAUCUUGGACUUUAUUAAGGAACAGAACGCCAAGACCCCGCUUAUGGUGCCCAUCCGUAAGCGUUUGACCAUGGUGCUCACCGAGGCCGCCCAACCCGGCACCGCCUAUACAGCGGGCCAUGUGCUUUGGUAUGUGUGUAUUUAUGUGCGCUAG